AUGGAGGAUAGCCAGCCACGGCCAGUGCAGACUGACUCACCAUUGGUGACCGAGUCACCAUUGGAGUAUGAUUUGAGGAAGUACCUCCUGCUGUUGGCCACCCUUGUGGCCACAGUGACAUAUGCCGCAGGAUUCAACCCGCCAGGGGGGGUGUGGCAGAACAGUGACGACGGGCAUCUUGCUGGUGACUCCAUCAUCCGGGACAGCCAGUAUCCCCGAUACCUUAUGUUCUUCUACUGCAACGCGGCCACAUUCGCGCUUUCCAUCGUGGUCAUCAUCCUCAUCUUCAUCCUUGCAAUCCUGCAUGAGAAGGGGAAGAUACAGUUCCCCAUGCUUCUGCUGCGAGCAGCCAUGGUGCUGGACCUGCUAGGCCUCAUGGGGGCCUAUGCUGCUGGGACCAGUCGGGGUGUUCUCACGGCUGGGAAUGUCUCAGCACUGGUGGCCGUUUUCAUCUAUAUGAUGGCUCAAAUGGUGGCCCAAAUAGUGGCGGCUUCACAGGAUGACAGCACAGGUGAUGACAAAGAGAAGAAAAAGCGGCACCACAAGGUGGCUACUUCACAGCCUGACAAGAAAGAGAAUUCAGAUAUAAGCGCAGGUCAUUACAAAGAGAAGAAAAAACGGCACCGCAAGGUACUGAUGCUGCUUGCAACAUUUGUGGCAAGCAUCACAUACAUAGCUGGGCUGAGCGCGCCAGGUGGCUACUGGGAUAACAACCAGGAGGGCCACCAUCCAGGAGAUCCAGUCCUGUGGGAGCACCACUCCCGCCGCCUGAGGGCAUUCUUUGUCUGCAACACCAUUGCAUUCGUCACAUCCCUGCUCAUUAUCAUGUUGCUUCUGGACAAGGAGCAGUGCAUCUUCUUGCCCAUGGACAAGAUAAAGACUAUCCCUGUACGGACUUACGGGCUCUAUGUAUACAUCACAAUUGGUCUUUUUGGUCUCGUGGGGGCCUAUGUUGCCGGUAGCUGCCGAAAGCCUGACACUACCAUCUAUGUGCUCAGUCUGGUCGGUGCUGUUCUCUUAUGCAUGGGCGCUCUCCAGGCAGUCCUAUCUUUUCUGCCACAACUUUCAAAGAGAUCCUGCUUGCCGAUAAUUGCAAAGAUAUCAUGUUUAUCGCAAGGGCCAUCAGAUAGCAGUUCUGGAAAGAAUGCAAGCAAUAAGACGGAUAUUCUAGAGAAGGCUCAAUCGCUUGUUGUACUGCUUGCUACUCUUGUAGCAACUGUUACAUACCAAGCAGGGCUGGUCCCACCAGGUGGUGUUUGGCAGAAAAACCAAGAUGGGCAUAUGGCUGGCGAACCAGUACUCUUAUUCAAGCAAGCCAAACGUUACAAGGUGUUCUUUUACUGCAACUCGACAGCGUUUGCAGCAUCUUUGGUUGUCAUCAUUUUGGUACGAUAUAAGCCUUUGCUCAGGCGCCGGAUACUGGAGAUAACCAUGAUAUUGGAUCUGUUUGGUCUCAUGGGCGCAUAUGCUGCUGGAAGUUGCUGGGACAUAGCCACAUCCCUGUACAUAAUUGCCUUGGCAGGUGCUGUGCUGGUCUAUGUGGUGAUUCAUGUUGUCUUCUUCACUCUUGAAGAUGACGGCAAGGAGAACAAAGGUGGGAACAGCGAAAGGGCUGUGCAAAAUUCUGUCCAAGAUGAUUCGGCUGUGCAAGAUCCUAUGGGAAGUAGUUCAGUUCUGGCCCACCAAAAUAAUUCAGCCGAGGACAAUCUCGUUCAGAAAGACUCAUAUAUUGACAAGAGGCGCAAGAGGUUGCUCCUUUUUGCUGUGUUGGGCGCAACCCUCACAUACCAAGCUGGGUUAACCCCACCAGGUGGGUUCAGACUUGAGGAUGAUGAGUCUGGGCAUCAAGCUGGUCACCCAGUUCUCUUUUACAAUUUCCCACGCCGUUACAAGGCAUUUUUCUACUGCAACUCAGUAAGCUUCAUGUCAUCCAUUGCCCUCAUCAUACUCCUUGUGAAUCCAAAUCUAUAUAGACCGGCUAUACAAAGCUAUGCCCUCUCUGUUUGCACAGCAGCAGGCUUGUUUGCUCUAAUGGGUGCCUAUGCUGCUGGGAGCACUCAACAUCUGGAAACAUCAAUUUAUGUCUUUGUACUGGUGGCUGUGGUGCUUUUCAUUAUGAUCAUACUCCUAGUGUGUUUCUAUCAGAGUGAGAGCAAAGAGAAAGGUGAAGCCAAAGCCAAGAAGCCCCGCAAGGAAGAUAAGGACGGAGCAAAGCAGCAUGCCAAGCGCAAGUACCUGAUGUUGCUUGGUGUCCUGGCUGCAAGUGUUACUUAUCAGGCUGGCCUGAACCCACCUGGAGGUGUGUGGCAGAGUAAUAGUGAGGGGCAUGGUGCAGGUCACCCGGUUAUGCAUGACAACAGGAGGUACCGCUACCUCACCUUCUUCUACAGCAACUCCACUUCUUUCGUGGCAUCUAUUGUUGUUAUCAUCCUAUUACUACCAGAGGAACUGCUACAGAAGAACAGGUGGCUAAGGGUUAUGAACAUUACGAUUGUGCUUGACUUGAUAGGCCUCCUGCUAGCCUAUCUGGCUGGGUCAAGCAUGAGAUGGGAUCCUUCCGGAUAUGUCAUUGCAUUCGUUAUCGUUGCACUAGGCUGUGCUGCAAUCCACAAGCUUUGGUCAUUCGUCACAAGGCCUCAGAAACAGGGGGAAGAAAAUGGUCAGCCUUCUCAGUAACAACAACAUGAUGUUCAAGUCUAGAUGUUCCUUGCAAGCUAACGAAAGGGCAAGAGAGCCGAAGUGUAGCAAUCAUCAUAAAAUUAUUACUCUCUUUUUUCUCUCUUUUCCCCUUUUUGAGUGUAAAGUUGUCCUUUUUGCUUUCGAAGGUAAGCACAUUUCACAUAUUUAUACUAUAUACUCGCAUAUUUCCUUCAAGCUAUGUGAAUGUGACCGUUGUUUCAGCUAAUGACAUCACUAUAAGCAUGAGCAG